CAUAAAGCGAAACUUAUCGAAAAGUGUAAUCUCAAGAAUUAAUAAGACCUUUUAUCGAAAGCACAAUAAAAACCAAAAACCAAACGUUUCCAUCGUAAGAGUGUAAGGUCGUGAGUGAAACGGAGAAGAAAAAGAUCAACGAGACUAAUUCAGUCAAACCAUAUUCUCCCGAUAUUGAGUUGUGACGAAAAUAUGACAAAUAAUGAAAGAGAAAAUGAGGAAAAGGGAAAAGAAAAAGUUGAACCAUCAGAACAAAAAGAAAAUAAUUCAAAUUGUGUAAGGAAAGUUCGAAUUAUAUACUCAGAUCCAUAUGCAACAGAAAGUUCAAGUGACGAAGAAUUUCAAGUUACUAAGACUACCCGCAUAAAACGAGUUAUAAAAGAGGUUUUUAUUCCAAAGUUUGAAACGGUUAACCAAUUUCAUGAAAAAGACGAAAACCAAAUAACUGUUUCUUCAAGUAACUACAAAGGUGUUCGACUUCGAAAAUGGAAAAGGUACCCGUGUCAAAUUCACAAUCCAUUCAAAAAGAAACAAAAAUUGCUGAAAUCAUCAUUUAAUUUGAAGAACACCAAAGAAGAUGAGUCAGUUACAUCAAGGGUGGAUGAUUAUGAGAAUGAUCUCAAUUGCAAGGAACAAGAGAAAGGGUUUGGUGAUGGUAAUAACUUUCAUGAUUCAUCAGAUGACGACGACGAUGAUGGUAGUUCACAUCAUAAUAUUAUAGAUUUUCAAGCAUGUUGAUUGAUAGACACAAAGAUCAAAGCCUUUUAGUCCUUCAAAUUAAGUUGCUAGGUAUAAUUAUUUGGUACUAAUAGAGUUCCAGAAACUGAAUUUUAUUUCAUUUGCUCUUUUUCUUUUAAUAAAAUGUAACUAACUUUCGUUGAUUAUUGAAUUGUUACAAUAAUGUGA